UUAAUAAACCUUAUUCACGCCGACAUGUCGUUUUGAUAUCACCUCGCCUUAAGAAUUUCUCUUCAAAGGUUCUCCUGAUAAGCCCUAAAAUCUGUAAUUCAGCUCAAUUAAACACAAAUGGAUCAUCUUCAAUCAUACCAAAACGACGACGACUUAGACAACGAUUCCUCUCCUUCCUCACCGGAUUCGUCACCACCGCGUCUCCUCCCAUCCAAAUCCGCAGCGCCGAAAGUCGACGACACAACCCUAGCCCUAGCAGUAGCACAAGCCAAUCAAAUUCUUUCCAGACCAAUAGAUCCCGUACAACACGCCAUCACUUUUAAUCCUACCUAUGACCAGCUCUGGGCUCCAAUUCAAGGUCCCGCACAUCCGUACGCCAAAGAUGGAAUCGCACAGGGCAUGCGUAACCACAAGCUCGGCUUUGUCGAAGAUGCGGCUAUUGAUUCAUUCUUGUUCGAUGAGCAGUAUAAUACUUUUCACAAGUACGGCUACGCCGCCGACCCGUCUGGUUCCGAAGGUAAUAAUUAUGUUGGUGAUUUAGAUGCUUUAAAUAAGAAUGAUGGUAUUUCUGUUUAUAAUAUUCCCCAAAACGAACAAAAGAGACAAAAGAUUGAGAGGAAGAAAGAAAAGGAGAGUAAUGAAAGUGCUGAUGAUAAUGCUGUUGAUAAAGAGGUGUUGAAUAAUCCUGCGAGUGAUGUUUGGUUAGCGAAGAAUAGGAAGAGUCCUUGGGCGGGUAAGAAGGAGGGUUUAGAGACGGAGUUGACGGAAGAGCAGAAGAAGUACGCGGAGGAGUAUGCCAAGAAGAAGGAGGAGAAGGGAGCUAGUGAUAAAGGAGAGGCUGUUGUUGAUAAGAGUACGUUUCACGGAAAGGAAGAGAAGGAUUAUCAAGGGAGGUCGUGGAUUGAGCCGCCGAAAGAUGCAAAAGCGAGUAAUGAUCAUUGUUAUAUUCCAAAAAGACUUGUGCAUACUUGGAGUGGACAUACAAAGGGGGUUUCUGCUAUUAGGUUUUUCCCUAAAAAGGGGCAUUUGAUUCUUUCUGCUGGUAUGGAUAGUAAGAUUAAGAUUUGGGAUGUGUUUAAUUCAGGCAAGUGUAUGAGAACUUACAUGGGCCAUGCUAAGGCUGUUAGAGAUAUUUCGUUUUCUAAUGACGGGACUAAGUUUUUGUCUGCUGGUUAUGAUAAGAAUAUUAAGUAUUGGGAUACUGAGACUGGUCAGGUUAUUUCGACUUUUUCAACUGGGAAGAUUCCUUAUGUUGUUAAACUUAAUCCUGAUGAUGAUAAGCAGAAUAUAUUGUUGGCGGGUAUGAGUGAUAAGAAAAUUGUGCAGUGGGAUAUGAAUACAGGGCAGAUUACUCAGGAGUAUGAUCAACAUUUGGGGGCAGUAAAUACUAUAACUUUUGUGGAUAACAAUCGGAGAUUUGUGACCUCGAGUGAUGAUAAGUCUCUUCGGGUGUGGGAAUUUGGGAUCCCUGUUGUUAUUAAGUAUAUUAGUGAACCUCACAUGCAUUCUAUGCCAUCAAUUGCAGUACACCCCAACACAAAUUGGUUUGCAGCACAGAGUUUGGAUAACCAGAUUCUCAUCUAUAGUAGCAAGGAAAGGUUUCAGUUGAAUAAGAAGAAGAGGUUUGCAGGGCAUAUUGUGGCUGGUUAUGCUUGCCAAGUCAAUUUCUCACCUGAUGGGCGGUUUGUCAUGUCAGGAGAUGGUGAGGGCAAGUGCUGGUUUUGGGACUGGAAGAGUUGUAAAGUUUUCAGGACUCUUAAAUGUCAUGAGGGGGUGUGUAUUGGAACCGAAUGGCAUCCAUUGGAGCAAAGCAAAGUUGCUACAUGCGGCUGGGAUGGCUUAAUUAAGUAUUGGGACUAAUUUCUUAUUUCGCACGUGGCCUGUUGCUUUCACAAGUUAAAUGAGCAUCGGCUCACAUUAGUCGUCCAGAUAGAGAAAGGACCAUGCUGCUCAAAAGAGUACAUGUUACAUACAGAAAUCAGGGCCGCCGUAGAGGAAUCAAAUGUUGUUCUUAGUUCUCAACUGAAUUUUAUGUGCCAGUUGGUGGAAUUUAAUUACUGUAAGAUCUCAUCAUCUCACUGUAUAAUACAUCAAUUGCGAAGAACCUCGAUUUGAGGUUUGGAAUACUGUUAGUGUUAGUGAUGUUAGAUUUGAUUAGAGAUUACGUUUAUCAAUGAAUUUUGCGAGCUAGUUUUGUUUUAAAUGUUAAAGAGGCCUUCUCA